CCCUUGAGGAGCAUAAUCUGCAACAUGUCCUUAGUUAUUGUACUGAUUACUACCAUAGCUUUCUCCUGCUACAAUCCAAUUGUUGCGGCAGCAGCGCCUUCUAAUGAGUCAGAGGCAAGUGCGCUUCUCCACAGCGGGUGGUGGCCUCCCUCCGUCACCGGCGACACUUCCUUACCUCAUUGCACAUGGCCCGGGGUAUUGUGCGACGCCUCUGAGACCGUCAACGGAAUUCACUUGACAACUGAGUACCAAAUAGGAGGUAAUUUCAGCAACAUGAACUUCUCUCUCCUUCCGAACCUCGCCUUUGUCCAACUCUUUCACACCGGACUAGCCGGCGAAAUCCCCCUUCAGAUAUGUACUCUGUCGAGGCUAACUUACCUUGACUUGUCCUACAAUUCUCUCACCGGUGAGUUGCCUCCUUGUGUCCAAAACCUCACCAUGCUUCAAUUUCUUGAUAUCAGUAAUAAUCAAAUCAGCGGCGCAAUCCCUCCGACUGUUGGUUGCUUGCACAAUUUACGAUCCCUCAUAUUUGGCUCAAACGAAUUUGGUGGCUCUAUCCCUCUAGAACUUGGAAACCUCACAAAAACAGAUUAUGUCGAUUUAAGUUCCAACAACUUCACUGGUCCCAUUCCGUCGUCUAUAGGGAAUUUGACGAGCUUGACCCAUCUCUAUUUGCAAAAAAACAAACUCAGUGGAUCUAUUCCACCGGAAAUAGGCAAUUUGGAGAGCUUGGUCGUGCUGAAUUUACGGGAAAAUAGAUUUAUUGGUGCCAUCCCAUCGGGAAUAGGAGACUUAAGGAAUCUCGAAUUUCUAGACUUAUCAUUCAAUCAUCUCAAGUGCCCCAUUCCAGACAAUUCUCCUUCUGGUUCAAUUCCCACAUUUCGAAGCACAUUAUUAUAUGAUCUUAACUUAUCAUGCAAUCAUCUCGAGGGCCCAAUUUCAGCUCCAGAUAGUCUCGGGGCUUAUUAUCCUGGUAACUUUUGUCUCGGUAACCAAGAUUGCAACCAGUUUGACGAAGCCCAAGCCCACAGAAGAAGGUCUAGCGGAGUUCAUUACAUGACGAUGUUCAUUCUGCUAGCUACGAUAUUCAUUUCCUGUAUAGUUGUUGGAUCUUGCUUCCUAUUUCGACGCGCAACAAAGAGCGUGCAAUCAGAGACUUCUGAGAAAAAUGGAAAUUUCUUGUCAAUAUGGAAUUAUGAUGGGAAGAUUGCAUAUGAAGACAUAAUUAAUGCGACGGAGGACUUCGACAUCAAAUAUUGCAUCGGGACUGGCGGUUAUGGCAGCGUCUAUAGAGCGCGAUUGCCCAAUGGGAAAGUCGUGGCAUUGAAGAAACUUCACCGUCUUGAAGCGGAGGACCCGUCCUUCGACAAGAGCUUUCGGAAUGAAGUGAAACACUUGACAGAAGUAAAGCAUAGAAGCAUAAUCAAGCUCCAUGGUUUCUGCUUACACAGGCGAUGCAUGUUCUUGAUUUACGAAUACAUGGAAAGGGGAAGUCUAUUCUGUGCUUUGAGAGAUGACGUCAAAGCGGUGGAAUUGGAUUGGUCCAAAAGAGUCGAUCUCGUCCGGGAUACGGCACACGCUUUGUCUUACAUGCACUACAAUUGUGCUCAGCCAAUUGUUCAUCGAGACAUAUCUAGCAACAACAUCUUACUAAACAGCAAAAUGCAGGCUUUUGUAUCAGAUUUUGGCACCGCAAGGCUUCUGGAUCCUCAUUCCUCGUCUAACUUCACCGCAAAUACCGCUGGCACCUAUGGAUAUAUUGCACCGGAACUCGCGUAUACUUUGGUCAUUAAUGAGAAAUGCGACGUAUAUAGCUUUGGAGUGGUAGCAGUGGAAACGAUGAUGGGCGAGCAUCCAGGAGAUAUUGUAUCUACGUUGUGGACAUCCUGUGGAGAAGAUAUCAUGCUACAUAAAAUCUUAGAUCCGCGGUUACCUUAUCCAAGAGAGAACUCUGUCGCAAGAAGUAUUGUUCUGAUAGUUUCUCUUGCGCUCGCUUGCUUGAGUGCUAAUCCAAAGUCCCGACCAACUAUGAAGCAAGUCUCGGAAGCUUUUCUAGCUCGAAAGUUACCCUUGGCGAGGCCCUUCCAUGAGAUCUCAUUGGCUCAGCUCCGAGAUAAUAACAGAUCAUGGAUGUAAGGUGAAUCAACAGAAGCUUCAUCAGGACUAAGGGAUGAGCAAGGGGUUAUUAAGUGUUUGUCCAAAUAAAGAGUUAGAUUGAUUAAAUGAUGCUGCAAUUUGGUGAAAGUGAUUCAGGAUAUAAAAGUGUAUGGCUUCUGCACAUAAUUAAGUCAUGUAAAACUUUUUUCCGUACUA